AUGCUGGAGAGCCUCACGCACGGCGUGCCAUUCUUGGGCUGGCCCCUCGCCGCCAAGCAGUUCUACAACGUCAAGAUGCUGACAGAGGAGUGGGGCGCGUGCGUGGAGGUGGCGCGCAGCAACCUAGAGAGCUCGGACGUGGAGAGGUCCAGGGUGGUCAAGGCGAUGGAGAAGGUGAUGGGGGACAUGGCGGAGUCGGAAGCGCUGCGGCGGCAAGUGGAGGCGCGACAAGUGCUGAGCAGGGCGUGGGCGGAGGAUGGCGGGUCAUCGUGGGCGGCGCUGCACGACUUCUUUAAAGCCAUGCAUCUGCUGUGA